CUUCCAUGCAUAGCGUCAUUCAGGGACAGACGGCGUGACAGACAACACCAGAUUAAGUCUGUGAAACGCCAUUGUUUGCGGCCCUUGUGGAAGAAAACAAUGCUCCGUGUCCUCGUGCUGUAUGCGUUUUUAUGCCGCUGGCGUGAAUGGUCGUCUUCAGCGUGCGCUGGGUCCCUCUCGCUUGAAUAUUCCAUUCCAGAAAGCGCCGCUCGGGCCUGGAAUUAGGGUUGAGAGGCGCACGCUCAGCCACAGUCAGCCACAGCCACGGGCGGGAGCUACGUCAGCAGCGCACGCCUCUUCAGACUGAUCGAAUGGAACAGCUGAGGACGCGCGUGUUCAAGCAGAAGAGAAACACGGAGCUCAUCGUUGCCCCGGCUGAAGCGUGAGGGUACGACCCAACGACCGACAGAGCGCUCAGAGGACGGAGAGGGAGUUCGGCCAGGCCUACGUGGGAACAGUUGUUCCUGUAGUAGGUUGUCAGGUAAUGAGUUUUAAGGGCGUUAAGGGAAGUGGGUGAUUUCCAGACUGCGAAGAGCAGCGAGAAGGUCCGCGGACAAAAGAGACGACUGGAGAGCAAGACAGCCCGUUGCUGUGCGAGCCCUGACAGUGGCUCGCGGAGGAGAGUCAGCGCAAGAACGCCGUUGAGCGCGUGAGGAGUGUGUCUGCGCUCUGAUAUUGCCAUGAUCCCCGGACGUGCCGAGAGAGAUUAACGUUAACACCACGCAAAUUAGGGGGACCACAACCGUGACAAAUUUCCUCAGACUGACGGAGGCUGAUGUGGUGUGACCGGGGAUAACGGAACAGUCCACAUCCAUCGGUUUUUGGAGGAACCCAGAGAUUGCUAUAUUAUUUGGAGGCUCGUGCAGGCUUCGACACUUUGAUUUAUUUAUGUUCGGUGUCAUUAAUUUAUGAUCAGACGGAGCAGCUCCCCAAACGCACGACUGAACAAAGGAUUCGGGAGAAACGAAGACAAUAACCCGAUUCUGCCACCUCCGAUAAGACUUCCCACCGACUCGUGAGCCAGUGUACCCGAAGAAUCAGGAGACUAUCUCGCUCCCCGGGGUUUCGCCAAACAUCGGCACGAAGUAAACUGCUCGGAGAGCGUGAGUUGCUACGCCGACACUACGUGAAUGGAGUGGGGAACUACCAGGCUCCGCGGCGGGAGACGGUUCGAAAUGUGACAUUUUCUUGGUUCACCCCUGAAAACACGUGACACGUGCAUUCUGCAGUCGUUUCCAUCAGAUUUGUUUACAUCGUUCAAGAUGGCAUUCUUCCCUGUGUUGGUGUUCCUCCUCUCCCUCUCGGUUGGCGUGUCCGGGCAGGAGGAGGCGGAGUCCACUGCGCUGCCGUGGGGGUGUGGCCUGGGCCUGGGCCGCCCCUACACGCUGCUGUGCGACCUUGAGUCCGUGUGGGGCGUCGCCGUGGAGGCCGUGGCGGUCAGCGGCGGCCUGGCGGCCAUCUUGCUGGCCCUGGUGCUGCUGUGCCGCCUGCGCGGGGUCAGCGAGGCCGAGAAGAGGUCAGCCGUGGGCCCGCUCCUCCUGCUGCUGCUGGGCAUCGUGGGCCUGUUCGGCCUGAGCUUCGCCUACCUGGUGGAGCGCUCCGAGGGCGCGUGUGUGGUCCGGCGGGCUCUGUGGGGCGUCGUCUUCGCUCUCUGCUUCUCCUGCCUGCUGGUGCAGGGCGUGCGUUUGCGUCGGCUGUCCCGUGAGCGCCGCAGCCCCGGCGGCUGCGUCCUGAGUGGCCUCGCCGUGGCGCUGACCGCCGUCCAGGGGAUCAUCGCGGCCGAGUGGCUGCUGCUGACCGUGCAGAGGCAGGGCCAGGCGGCCUGCGCCUUCGAGCCGCUGGACUUUUCGCUGGCGUGCGGCUACGUGGUGGCGCUGCUGCUGGUCGCCACGGCGACGUCCGGCGCGGCCCUGUGCGGUGGUCGCUCGCGCGCCUGGCGAUGCUCGGCCCUCUGGCUGCUGACCGCCUGCCUGCUCUCGCUGCUCCUCUGGGCCGCCUGGUUUUUCUCUAUGACAACGAGGCCCUGGCCCUGGGGGGGUCGGGGGGACGAGCCGGUGCUGGCCGUGGCGUUGGUGGCGCAGGGCUGGCUACUGCUGCUGACCCACGCGGUGCCCGAGGCCCACGCCAGCCUGCGGCCCCCACCACAGCCCUCCGCGCCCGACUACUUUGACACGUCGCACAACUCCUCACGCAUGCGCGAGACCAGCUUCGACGAGGACAUCCCGCUCUCACACCGCCAGUUUGUGGAGAACCAGGGCUACGCCUUCGACGACACCAAUGCAGCAGGUCUGCGCAGUAGCGGUGGUUGCCAUAACAACGGCAGCACCGGCACCAGACCCAGCGCCCCAUUUCGCAGCAACGUCUACCAGCCCACUGAGAUGACCAUGAUCCUUAACGGGGGAGCGGUUCCGUCGGCCCCCCCCACCUACACGGGUAGGCAGCUGUGGUGAGGAGAGAGGGAGGCAGAGAGGGCAGGACGGAAGACAAGAAGAAAGAAAGG